AAACAGACAUGAGUAGAAGGUUCGCGAACAGACAUAAACAAUCAAGUUGAUAACAAGAUCAGCAGCACUGAAAGGCGAAAAAUGCAGAGGUUAUCCAUUAAAAAACUAUGUAUUUAUCAAUUCAUACGCGACCAGAGCUAUAGAAUACAGCAGAGGACGACGACAUGUGUACAAGGGACCAGACAUCUGUCUAAUGAGCAGCUGGGAAACUCUCGUUGUCUGAGAACUCGGUCUGCACCAAAUGACACAUCUAAGCAUGUGAUCUCGUGGAGUGCCCUGUGUUCAUCAAAGUGGCUUGAUAGCAGACCUGGAGGAGGAGAACAGAGGAGAGUCCUACAUGUCACUUCACCAGUACAUACAGAGGAAAACGCUGUUCAGAUAAGUGAGAUCAGCGAGGCAGCCUAUGAGAAGCUGGCAGAUGAGACUCUGGAUUCGUUGGCUGACUACUUUGAGGAUCUGAUGGAUGGACCACUAGCAGGGCCAGAGUUUGAUGUUCUCUUCUCUAGUGGUGUGUUGACAGUGAAGGUGGGCGGAGACCAUGGGACAUACGUCAUCAACAAACAGACUCCGAACAAACAGAUCUGGCUGUCAUCUCCCACCAGUGGUCCGAAGCGUUAUGACUGGACAGGAGAGCGCUGGGUCUACUACCACGACGGCAAUGGCUCUCCCACCAGCUCCUCUCUAGAGAGUUCUCUAUCAUCUACAACAUUGAACCUGACGCUGACCGCACUAGUACACUCCUUGACCCUGCUGGGCCACGUCCCAAUUCCCAUAUAG